GAUGAACGGCGACGAAGGAUAUUCUCAUUUGUAAGGAACCACAGUAUCGUUGUGCCAACGGGUAAACUUUUCCCCCCUCUACGUUGGCGUUUAGUCUACCUGACGUGCUGCAACACGCGGAGACAUGUCUGCUCAACGAAAGAAUGCCAUUACAGUUGUUAAGGCGGACACUAGGCAGAGGCUUGCCGAGUGCCUCACCGAAGACGACAUCGACGCCUGUGAGGAAGCCCUACUACAAUGCUCUCAAAAUGAGAGUCCGCGAGCUGAACUAGGACCAUUUCCGUGCCUUGGAGCGUCGCCAUGCGGGGCGCGACCUGGACGCGGCUCCUUAUCAGGGCAGGAGCGCACCCUAUCACGAGCCUCGGUGUUGUCGGUUGCACCCCGCUGGUUCGUUCGCGACUACCUGGCGAUAAAGGAGAUCCUGUUUUCCAGCUGGUUCAACUUAUUGCUCGUCUGCGUUCCGCUGGGAACUGCCUCUGGGUUGCUAGGAUGGGGCGCUGUUCCUACAUUCACACUGAACUUCCUGGCGCUCAUCCCCUUGGCGCUCAUCCUGGGGGACGUCACUGAGGAUCUGGCGGUGCGCUUCGGCGACGUGGUGGGCGGUCUUGUGAACGCCACCUUUGGCAACGUGGUGGAGAUCAUGGUGUCGCUGUUUGCGCUGUACAAGAACCUGUUCGAUGUAGUGGCCUUCUCGCUGCUGGGAUCCAUCCUGUCCAACCUGCUGCUCGUGCUGGGCUCCAGCUUCCUGCUGGGCGGGCUGUACCACCCCGUGCAGACAUUUAACGCGGUGAGCAACCGCGCCUGCUCCUCGCUGCUCAUGCUGGCGGUGGUGGGCAUCUGCAUCCCCUCCGCGGCCUCCAUGGUGCUGGUGGACGACCCCGGACUGAGGCCCGAUUGGAUCCUGGACGUGUCGCGCGGCACCGCGGUCAUCAUGCUGGUCUGCUACCUGUGCUACCUGGCCUUCCAGCUGCACACGCACUCGGAUCUGUUCCGCUGCGAGGGCGAGGAGGAGGCGCUGCCCAUGCUGAGUCUGGGCAGCUCGCUGGGGCUGCUGGCGGCGAUCACAGCGGUGGUGGCGGUGGCGUCCGAGUUCCUGACGGCGUCCAUCCAGGAGGUCAGCGCGCACACGGGCAUGAGCCAGGCGUUCAUUGGCCUUAUCAUCCUUCCAAUCGCGGGCAACGCCUGCGAGCACCUCACGGCGUGCAUCGUGGCUACCCGCAACAAAAUGGACCUCUCCAUGGGUGUGGCAGUGGGCUCCUCCAUCCAGAUCGCGCUGUUCGCCAUCCCCUUCAACGUGGUGGUCGGCUGGGCCUCGGGCCACGACUUCUCGCUGGACUUCACGCCCUUCUCAGCCAUGGUACUGGCGGUGUGCGUCAUACAUGCGAACUUCGUCACCGCCGACGCCACCUCUCACUGGCUGCUGGGGGUGCAGCUGAUCGCGCUGUACUGUGUCAUUGCGAUCGCAUACUUUUACAAGUGAUGAGACGGAGUGGGUUAAGGGAGCGCCGUAUCUCGAAUGCACUCAUGGUAUUUUGACACAUACGUGCGAGAAGCUGGGGGGAAGGGUAUUUCCGCAUCGUGGGCUGUUCGCAGCCCCUCCUAUGUAUUGGAUACACUAUUUUGAGCAUGGCGGCUCGGGAAGGUGACGCAUCUGAACUCAACAGUUGCGGCGUUGGCUUGCAUGCAUGGGGAGAAGAGUUGUAGAGUGUUGUGCCUGGGUACCGGUGUUGUGAGGCAGUGAGCGCUAUGUACGCGCAGCUGGGAGAGACAGAGCUGCAGCACCUCAGCUCUGAUUGGGUGGCCCGCAUCCUGCAUGGUCGCGCAUCAACAUGGCUCAUGUGUUGGCAUUGGUUGGAAUGACGCUGUGCGUGUAGCAUCGGCUUUUGCCGUACCGGUACUCGGCAUUCGGGGUGUCAGAAGACAGCGGUGAAGCAUGCAGCGGGGCUUAACAGGCUGUACGGGAGCGGCUGUAGUCAGGAGGGGCUUUAGUCGUGUGGAUCCGGACACUCCUGAUGCAUUGGCGCUCUUAUGUGAUAGCUAAUAUUCAUGUAAGACUAAUCAUCAUCGGCGGGUCUGGGCGGGUUCCACAUGGCCCCUUUUUUGGUGCUGGCAGCUGCUGCGGCUGUGGGGCCUGCAGCGUUCCGCUGUUCGGCAGACGGGGUGGCCAUCGCACUUUGUUUAGUAGCUGCUACGUUGCUAUGUGUCCUUUGGGCUAUGGGGCCUUGUUAAGGGUGGUCUGGCAGAAUGUGGGAAAUGGUGAUACCGGUAUGGCUGUUGCAUGGUGGUCCUUGGGUCCUGGCACACGAAGAUGUCAGCGGGUUCCAGGGCACAUAUUUGUAUCCCGAUGUCGCAGAUAGCACGAGAGGAGUAUGCACGAGUGCUUCGACUCCCGUGCGUUUUGAAGGCGUUGUACGGCAAUACGUGCCAUCGUUUGCGCGUCGGUUAGGUGGAUUGAGUUGGUGUAACGGCAGGUCACCCUGAUCUUCCAAUUCUAUCUAUCCUACAGACAUCUACUGCUCUUCUCCCUGUAAUAUUAGCGUUUUUGCGGAGUAGUAGUUCGCUCAGCAGUUGGCAACAGACCGGUUCAGGCCAAUAGUCGCACCCAUUUCCUGUACAUAGUUGUUUCAGGUUUAGACAAGGUCACCAGAUGGCGUCCAGCUUCGCACAGGCCUCCAGCUACUUGCAAGGAAUAAAGGGACCAGACGGCUUUAUCCAAACACAGCCAUUUUUAGAUGUCUGUCGACAAGUAGUUAUUGUUGUAGAGAAGCUAGGCACUGCUUUUGCGCUGGUAAAGACGGACAUCGGUGGAAACAUCGAGCGGUUGUCGCAACGAGCGGCGAAAGACCCCGAGCGAUAUGCGCGCCUGUUCAGCAUUGUGCAAGAUGAAGUCGUCGACAACGUCCAACGGGAAAGCUCAUCUUGCACAAAAGGGCUACUGUGGCUGAAGCGGGCAAUGCAGUUCCUGUGCUCCAUGCUGCGGCGCAUGCACGAUGACCCCGACGCGUCCCUCAGCACAGUUGUCAGCGAGACGUACGGCAUGACGCUCAUGCGCUACCACGGCUUCUUCGUCUCCAGCGCCUUCUCGCUGGCGUUCCGCUUCGUGCCCAGUCGCGAGCAGUUCCUGGACCAGGUGGGCGGCAGCGGGCCGCAGGUGAUGGCCGAGCUGCAGGCCUUCAUCGACGGCUUCACACCCGUGCUCAAGGAGAUACACAACUUCAUGGACGAGCAGGGCCUCGACGACCCCACCCUUGUUUGACGGCGUGAUACGCCUUUUCAAGGAUCCCUUUUGCAUUGACGUCAGGAGGCUAUGCUGUAGAGUGCACAAAUUUGGGCCUAUGAUUAUAGCUUGUGUUAUACUGGCCGCGAGUGCUGUCCAGGUGGGGGGCUGUAAGGAAAAGGGAAAGGGGUUUCGGCUCCGCACGUCUCCUGACUUGUCGGCUGUUGCCUGGCGUGCCAGGUGUGGUGUGUUUCUAUACCCGCACGGGCGGGUAACCGAUAUCUUGGGGUUGCUGCACCACCAUACUAUAUUUCGGUAUCGGACGGCUAUCUUGCAGGUUGUGUCAGGAUGCUGGUAAGGGGUUUUCGCUAAUGUUCUGGUCUUGAAAACGCCAAGCCAGGCCGCCGCCAAUAGUAGGUAGUUGGCAGGUAACGCUGACGACGCGAAAGCGUUCUAAGCAUGUAAGCUUUUAUCGUAUGCGCUUGGUGAUACCUAGGCUAAAGUUAUGUUGGAUUGGAUUGGAAAGGGAUGUAUGGCAGGUGAGCGACAUGAUGACCGAUGCCGUAAAAGCAUUCAGUAGUACGCAAGUGCUCUGUGCCCGAACUACUUGCCAGUUCCUAAACCAUUGCUUCUCUACGCAUAGCGGCACAUAGAGAAAAAUGGCGAACCCAGAGACCGCUGCCGUGGCCAUCAACGUUCUGAACAAGGUCAUUCGCUAUGCUGUUGGCCUAGGCGUCGGCGCCAGCGUGUUGCAGACAUCCCUAUAUACUGUGGAUGGCGGCGAGCGGGCCAUUAUCUUUGACAGGUUCCGCGGAGUGCUUGAUGAGCCAGUUGGCGAGGGGACCCACAUCCGGAUCCCCUGGGUGCAGCAGCCGAACGUCAUGGACAUCCGCACGCGGCCACGCAGCAUCAGCUCUGUAACUGGUACUAAAGAUCUGCAGAUGGUGAACAUGUCCCUACGCUUCCUCAGCAAGCCUGAUGAGCCCCGGUUGCCGCACAUCUUCAAGACCCUCGGCACGGACUGGGAGGAGCGUGUGCUCCCCUCCAUCGGCAAUGAAGUGGUGAAGGCGGUGGUGGCGCAGUACAACGCCGAGCAGCUCAUCACGCAGCGUGAGAAGGUGUCCCGCGCGGUGCGGGAGGCCCUGACGGCGCGUGCUGCCGACUUCGGCAUCGUGCUGGACGAUGUGGCCAUCACCCACCUGUCCUUCGGCACUGAGUUCACGCGCGCCGUUGAGGCGAAGCAGGUGGCUGAGCAGGACGCCGAGCGCGCCAAGUUCGUGGUGAUGAAGGCGGAGCAGGAGCGUAACGCUGCCAUUAUCAAGGCCGAGGGUGAGAGCGAGGCCGCCAAGCUCAUUUCCGACGCCACCAAGCAGUUCGGCUCUGGACUCAUCGAGCUGCGCAAGAUUGAGGCCGCCAAGGACGUCGCGGAUACCAUGUCGAAGAGCCGCAACGUGGUCUACCUGCCCAACUCGGGCAACAUCCUCAUGCAGAUGAACCCCAACCAGUAAGCCGCUGCAGUGGCGGCUCAGGGAUGACGAUCAAGGAUAGUGGGUUACAUAGGACGGGAUGACUGCGGGUUAGGGUUGUCAGAGAGGUCUGGAGUCUCCUGCCGUAGUAGUUACAAGUUCUUCGCGCGCUGCUGCAACCUUGCAAGGAACUUGUCAAUAUGCUGCAUCGGGCAGUGGAAGUAGGUUCGGGAGUUGUGCGGCGUGUUAUGAUGGCAUCGGCGCUUAUGGGAAAUAACAUGUCCUAGGCGCAAGAGUUUUAUUCGGCAAAUUGUUUGCCACCUAUGCUCGGUGUUCCAGUCAUGUUCGCGAAGUAAGGCGGCAGAUGGAUUCGCUUUGUCGCACCUUGCGUGUGGUCUUGUUGAUAACCCAGCCAACAACAACUCCAGCGCAGAAGCUCGCUGCACAUAAUUUAAUGGCAGUAGCGUUCUGCAUUUUGCGGCGUUACUCAGAUGCAAUCGAGAUACACUCCAGUGUUUUUAGUCUUCUUACAGGGUGUGUUAUCUGACCGAUGUAAGUAAUGCCUCGCUGUGCUCAACUACCUUACGAAAGCUGGGGAACAUGUAAGUCCAACCAGCUUAUGUACGACAAGUUUUGGUUGGCCGUGGGUCUUGGCCAUGUGGAGCAAUGCAAACUUUCGCAGCGGAAGCUUAAAUUACGGGGGUCAAUUAAGGCUCCGACGAGCUAGGAAGCUCACGGACUGCAGGUAGCUCGUAGGCUGGAAUACCGGUAACAUAGCAGUACUAUGCAUGCCUUUAGGCUACCAACGGCGCUGCCUUGGGACAUUGGA